GAGGCGGCCCGAGCCGCCGCCGAGCAGCCUCGCCUUCGCCUCCCGCGUUUCCUGCCGCCUGCCCUCCCCCGGCCGGGCUCCAGGGGCUGCCGCCGAGCAGCUCCGGCAGGGAGAUCGCCUCAGAGCGCGCACGGGGGCGGGCGGAGGCGGCCCGGUGCGGGGCGGCCGCGCUGAGAGAGGCGCGCGGAGACGCCGGCCCCCUCUCCGCGUUUGCUCGCUCGUUCCCCGCCUCCCGCACCCCUCUCGCUCCCACCCCUUCCCGGCGUGAUUGAUCCGUCACGGGCGCUGCCGCUGCCGCCGCUGCUGCCGCCGCCGCCGCGGCCGUUCGGAGCCGAGCAGGAGCCAGAGCCGGAGCCGGAGCCGCGACCGGGCCGGCGCCAUUGCGCGGGCGCCGCGGGGAGAGCUUGGCGCGGGGCGGCGGGCCGGGCCAGGCCAUGCGGGCCGAGUGAGCCGGCGCCCGCAGCCCGCGGCGCGGCAUGGCUUCCCCGCGGAGCUCCGGGCAGCCCGGGCCGCCGCCGCCGCCGCCGCCGCCCGCGCGCCUGCUGCUGCUCCUGCUGCUGCCGCUGCUUCUGGCGCUGGCACCCGGGGCCUGGGGCUGGGCGCGGGGCGCCCCUCGGCCGCCGCCCAGCAGCCCGCCGCUCUCCAUCAUGGGCCUCAUGCCGCUCACCAAGGAGGUGGCCAAGGGCAGCAUCGGGCGCGGCGUGCUGCCCGCCGUGGAACUGGCCAUCGAGCAGAUUCGCAACGAGUCACUCUUGCGCCCCUACUUCCUCGACCUGCGGCUCUACGACACCGAGUGUGACAACGCGAAAGGUUUGAAAGCCUUCUACGAUGCAAUAAAAUAUGGGCCCAACCACCUGAUGGUGUUUGGAGGCGUCUGUCCAUCCGUCACGUCCAUCAUCGCAGAGUCCCUCCAAGGCUGGAACCUGGUGCAGCUGUCGUUUGCUGCCACCACGCCUGUCCUGGCCGAUAAGAAGAAAUACCCCUACUUCUUCCGCACGGUGCCGUCGGACAACGCGGUGAAUCCGGCCAUCCUGAAGCUGCUGAAACACUACCGCUGGCGACGCGUGGGCACGCUCACCCAGGACGUGCAGAGGUUCUCCGAGGUGAGGAACGACCUGACCGGGGUGCUGUAUGGCGAGGACAUCGAGAUCUCAGACACUGAGAGCUUCUCCAACGACCCCUGCACCAGCGUCAAGAAACUUAAGGGCAAUGACGUGCGGAUCAUCCUGGGCCAGUUCGACCAGAACAUGGCGGCCAAAGUGUUCUGCUGUGCCUAUGAGGAGAACAUGUACGGCAGUAAAUACCAGUGGAUCAUCCCGGGCUGGUACGAGCCCUCCUGGUGGGAGCAGGUGCACACGGAAGCCAACUCGUCCCGCUGCCUCCGGAAGCAUCUGCUGGCGGCCAUGGAGGGCUACAUCGGCGUGGACUUUGAGCCCUUGAGCUCCAAGCAGAUCAAGACCAUCUCAGGAAAGACUCCGCAGCAGUAUGAGAGGGAGUACAACAGCAAGCGGUCGGGCGUGGGGCCCAGCAAGUUCCACGGGUACGCCUACGACGGCAUCUGGGUCAUUGCCAAGACGCUGCAGAGGGCCAUGGAGACUCUGCAUGCCAGCAAGCAGCACCAGCGCAUCCAAGAAUUCAACUACACAGACCACACGCUCGGCAGGAUCAUCCUCAACGCCAUGAAUGAGACCAACUUCUUCGGGGUCACGGGUCAAGUGGUGUUCCGGAAUGGGGAGAGAAUGGGGACCAUUAAGUUUACUCAAUUUCAAGACAGCAGGGAGGUGAAGGUGGGAGAGUACAACGCAGUGGCUGACACACUGGAGAUCAUCAAUGACACCAUCAGGUUCCAAGGAUCCGAACCCCCAAAAGACAAGACCAUCAUCCUGGAGCAGCUGCGCCAGAUCUCCCUACCUCUCUACAGCAUCCUGUCCGCCCUCACCAUCCUGGGAAUGGUCAUGGCCAGCGCUUUUCUCUUCUUCAACAUCAAGAACCGGAAUCAGAAGCUGAUAAAGAUGUCCAGUCCCUACAUGAACAACCUGAUCAUCCUUGGGGGAAUGCUGUCCUAUGCAUCCAUAUUUCUGUUUGGCCUCGAUGGAUCCUUUGUCUCGGAAAAGACCUUCGAGACGCUGUGCACUGUCAGGACCUGGAUUCUCACUGUGGGCUACACAACCGCCUUCGGAGCCAUGUUUGCCAAGACGUGGAGGGUGCACGCCAUCUUCAAAAAUGUGAAGAUGAAGAAGAAGAUCAUCAAGGACCAGAAGCUGCUGGUGAUCGUGGGGGGCAUGCUGCUGAUCGACCUGUGCAUCCUGAUCUGCUGGCAGGCUGUGGACCCCCUGCGGAGGACGGUGGAGCGGUACAGCAUGGAGCCGGACCCAGCAGGACGGGACAUCUCCGUCCGCCCGCUCCUGGAGCACUGUGAAAACACUCACAUGACCAUCUGGCUCGGCAUCGUCUACGCCUACAAGGGGCUUCUCAUGCUGUUCGGCUGUUUCUUGGCCUGGGAGACCCGCAACGUGAGCAUCCCGGCGCUCAACGACAGCAAGUACAUCGGCAUGAGCGUCUACAACGUGGGCAUCAUGUGCAUCAUCGGGGCGGCCGUCUCCUUCCUGACCCGGGACCAGCCCAACGUGCAGUUCUGCAUCGUGGCCCUGGUCAUCAUCUUCUGUAGCACCAUCACCCUCUGCCUGGUGUUUGUGCCCAAGCUCAUCACUCUGAGAACAAACCCAGACGCCGCGACGCAGAACAGGCGGUUCCAGUUCACGCAGAAUCAGAAGAAAGAGGACUCAAAGACGUCUACGUCGGUCACCAGCGUGAACCAGGCAAGCACCUCCCGCCUGGAGGGCCUACAGUCGGAAAACCACCGCCUGCGCAUGAAGAUCACAGAGCUGGAUAAAGACUUGGAAGAGGUCACCAUGCAGCUGCAGGACACCCCAGAAAAGACCACCUACAUUAAACAGAACCACUACCAAGAGCUCAAUGACAUCCUCAGCCUCGGGAACUUCACCGAGAGCACAGAUGGGGGAAAGGCCAUUUUAAAAAAUCACCUUGAUCAAAAUCCCCAGCUACAGUGGAACACAACAGAGCCCUCUCGAACAUGCAAAGAUCCUAUAGAAGAUAUAAACUCCCCAGAACACAUCCAGCGCCGGCUGUCCCUCCAGCUCCCCAUCCUCCACCACGCCUACCUCCCGUCCAUCGGAGGCGUGGACGCCAGCUGCGUCAGCCCCUGCGUCAGCCCCACCGCCAGCCCCCGCCACAGACACGUGCCCCCCUCCUUCCGAGUCAUGGUCUCGGGCCUGUAAGGUGGGAGGCCCGGGGCCUCCCCGGCGACACAACCACACUGGGCAGGGCCGUCUGCUCCAGGAGCACCGUCGGCUCUGGCUGCGGAGAAGCUGGGCGCCACGGCUGGCCUCUCGGGACUGCUGGGACGGCACUCAGGGGGACAGGACACGGGGGCCUUGGCACCUGACCUCGAGCCUUAUUUGUGAAGUUCUUAUUCUUUCACAAAGAAGAGGAAUGGAAAUGACUUCUUCCUUAAGUCAUUCCUCCCGCCAACGAGGAGGAGCUGGUGUAUUUGAAACUUGCAAAAAAAAAAAAAAAAAAAAAAAAAAGUCUAGACAAGGAGAGAGGCAGGUGCACCACAACUGGAAGUCACCGUGUCCCUAAGCAGCCUCGGAAAGAGGCUGGGGCUUCUGGAGAAAGCGCCUCCGCCCUCUGCACACACGUCCCCAGCCCCAGGCCAGCCCUUCUCCUCCCUUCUGCCAGGGGCAGCGGGUGGGCAGGGCCGCCAGCUCCAGCGGCCAGUCCAGCCCCCUCCCCCAGCCUCUCUGGAGUGGGAGUCUGCAGAAAGGGCACGGCCUGCACGUGGAGGGCUGGGGUGCCAGGCAGGCGGACUCACAGGCCCCCAGGGCUGCCAUCACCCAAGAUGUUUGUUACUCUCUGAUAAAUGCCACACAUUAACACAGUAACACCUGUGCCGGGGACCAUGGGAACUUAGCGGCUGGCACCAGGCACUCUGCCGUGUUCACCGACAGUCUGUCACGCACCCACCACACCGGCCACGUCCUUGUGUCCCCCACCCCGCUCCCCCGGAUCACAAGGGGGCCGCCCGCCCCACCCAUGGAAUGUCUGUUCCCAGCAAACACGAUAAGGAAAGAUUGUGCACUUUAACCUCUCGUCAGGGCCCAAGGGCUGGCUGGGAUGUUUUGUUUUGUUUUGUUUCCGCUGACUUCGUUUCUGACCAAAGUGAAUUGAGGGCAUUCUGCUCAAAGACAUCCCUGGUGACCCAGGGGAGAGAGUUCCUGGCCGAGGGCUUCCCUUGGCUUCCAGAAGGCGGCCUCCCAUCCGGCAAGCCAGUGAGCCCUCCCCCUGGGGCUGGCUGGGGACGGUCAGUGGGCAGAUGGAGCCUCACUCGUAAGCUCGCUCUUCCCUUCUCACUGAUGCCCAAAGAGCAUUGGCCUGGCAGCCAGGCAGAGCUGGGUUUCGGUCCUCCAUCCCUUCCGACUCCCUCCGUGACCUUGGGCAAGUCACUGGUGUCUCUCCCAGCCUCAGUUUCCCCUCUGUACCAGACUGGGGUUGAGACCACACACCCCCAACCUGCCUACCUCACAGGGUCACUCUGAGGAUUGAAACUUGAUCUCGGCCAGGAAAGCUUCGUACCCUGACCCGUGAGGUAUUCCUACGACCGUGACCUCCAGCCCUCCCGACGGCGGGGCUGCGGCCCACACAAGCUUCCAGCACAGCCGUCUGCCCAGGACGGCCAGGCCCAGCCGGCCGCAGGGAGGCUCCCGGGAACUUUUCCCACAUUCCUAGACAGGCUCAUUCUUCGCUACAGAAAGGCCUGAUUGACAACGCCCGGGACGUCUGCACAACCGAGCGGCUCGCUCACUCCCUAAAGAACCCUAAAGGCAGCUUCAACAGGCAGGCAAUAAUCUCCUCCCAGAACCACUGCAGUCAGGAAUCCACUGUUGUCACCACCAGGCUUUGGCGAAAGGGCCCAUGGGAACCACCACCACCACCACCAUUUUAAAGCACUCCCGAUUUUGCGUAGCAUAGCCUUCCCCACCCCUCCCUGCAGAGAGAGGUUAUGGAGGUACUGUAGCUUUUAGGGUUAAAAAAAAAAAUGUGAACACAUCAGCAAUGGAGUUGAACUCAUUCCGUUUAGGCACUACGAACCGGUGUUGUCACUCACUGUGUAUGACCAGUAUUCACCCACUUUCUUGACUUCACCGAAACCAAAUCUUAAAGACCACAUUAAUUUUUCAAAGGGAAAGAGAACUAAUUGUACAUACUGUAAACACGCACACAUACACACACACACACACACACACACAACAAAUCUGUAGAAAUAUUACUCCAGCAUAGCAGGACACAAAGUAUCAGCCUGUGAGCGGUGAGCGUGUGUAACCCUUUGUGACUCCUGAGCCUAUGCCGUCUCCUAGGUUAACCCACAGAGUACACCCUCCGUCUUACUGAUACUGUAGGUUUACCGGUUUCUUUUUUAAUUAACUUCCCUGCGAAUAACGAGCCCCCCA